AUGUCUGACUACGAAGAUAAUGCUUACGAAGAAGACGAAUUUGAGGCAAAUGACGAUGGAAUGUUUUUAGAUGAAGAGGACAAUCAUUAUGAAGACGAAGCUGACCUUGAUGGAGAUUUAUCAGGAGUUAUAGGGAUAGAGGGUACCCAGGAUAUAGAUGGGCUAGGAAGAGGUGGAAUGGGCGGUGAAGGGGACACAAUAGUGCAGAUUUUGACUAACGGGGUGGAGAGUAUAAACGAGAAUAAAAUGCCGGCUAUACCUGAGAAGCCGAAAGAAAAAGUGACAACGCCUUAUAUGACUAAAUAUGAAAGGGCACGAAUUUUGGGUACUCGGGCUUUGCAAAUCAGUAUGAAUGCGCCAAUUCUGAUAGAUCGUGGUAACGAGACGGAUCCUUUAGCCAUAGCAAGAAAAGAACUUCGCGAAAAAAAAAUUCCUCUUAUGGUGCGAAGGUAUCUUCCGGAUGGCAGUUACGAGGAUUGGCAUGUCAAAGAUCUAAUCGCCGGAUAUGACGAACCGACUGGUGAAGAGAGGCGUAUUCAGAUUGAAAACGAAAAAGAAGAUGAAUUGCAAUGA